GCCCUUGUCUUCCCUCUUCCGGUGUUACCGCCCUUGGCUGGACCGAAACCACACAGACACACACAGGCAGGAGACGGGUCGCCGCAGUCACUUGGAAGUCUGGUGCUUCUCGGAGUUUUUACCCAACAACGUGUCUUUUAACUCGGAUAGCCUGUCCUCCCUGAUCUGCUGCAGAAAGUGUGAGCAGGAACAGAGUGGCUGCCGUUUGCUGUUCAGUGUUGCCUAGCAAGCUUUAGCCGCCAUGGCUGUGUCAUUUAAGAAGGACCUUAACAAGUACAAGGAUAUCGAUGAAGAUGAAAUCCUCAGCAAGCUGUCGGAGGAGGAGCUCAAGCAGCUGGAGACGGUCCUCGAGGAGGUGGAUCCUGAGAACGCUCUUCUUCCAGCCGGUUUACGGCAGAAAGAUCAGACCAAUAAGACGGCAACUGGAACCUUCGACAGGGAGCGGCUGCUCAAAUACCUGGAGAAGGAAGCCAUGGAGUACAAGGACAGAGAUGAUAUUGUGCCCUUCACUGGGGAGAGAAAAGGUAAAGCUUUUAUCCCGAAGCAGAAACCAAAAGAAUCCUUCCAGGAAGUAGCCACGACCCUUGACCCAGAAUUAGAAGAGGCGCUGUCCAGUGCCACAGAUACAGAAUUGUGUGACCUAGCAGCUAUUCUGGGCGUGCACACACUUGUCACCAGCAAUCAGACGUAUGAUGGAACUGGAAGUAAAGAGGGAUACAACGAUGUGAUCAAAGGCGAGAAGAUGAACCCUGUGUUCGAUGAGCCUCCCAACCCCACCAAUGUAGAAGAAACCCUCCAGAGGAUAAAAAACAAUGACAGCUCCUUAACCGAGGUCAACCUUAACAACAUCAAGAACAUUCCCAUUCCCACACUGAAAGACUUCGCCAAAGCAAUGGAGAAAAACACGCAUGUCACAAAGUUCAGCCUGGCAGCGACACGGAGUAACGACCCAGUUGCUGUGGCAUUCAGUGACAUGCUGAGAGAAAACAAGACGCUGCGAAGUUUGAACCUGGAGUCGAAUUUCAUCACAGGAGCAGGAGUGCAGGCUUUGGUGGAUGCAUUGCUAGAUAAUGACACACUCACCGAGAUCAAGAUAGACAACCAGAGGCAGCAGCUAGGCACCACCACAGAGAUGGAGAUCGCUAAAAUGUUGGAGAAGAACAACUGUAUGGUGAAGUUCGGCUACCAGUUCACCCAGCAGGGACCUCGGGCCAGAGCUGCGGCAGCCAUCACCAAGAACAACGACCUCGUCCGCAGGAGGCGAGUGGAGAGGGACCAGUAGGGACAGCGCUUCCUUUCUCCGAGCCAAUUCUCUUGUUCAUCUCAUCGCAUGGAUUAAGUUCAGCCGUUGCCCUGGUCUCAUCUCACUGUGUGGAUGUUCUAGUCCUGUGCCAAACUGUGGGGGCAAGGCAUGCUCUACCUGAACAGUACAUCAGAGAAGAAGAAGGGGAAAUAACUGGAAUCGCCCGCUCUCUUUCCACAUGUUUCUUAUGUUUGUUAUUGUUGUAAAUCUCAUUAGUUUUUAAACGUGACAUUUCAGCUGCUCUUAUUUUGAGCCUUUAUAUGACCUGUCCCUCCUUUUUACAUGUUUCUUUCUUUUAUACGAUGCUGUAAAACACGUGAAGCAGUCAUGCGCAGCAGGGAGUAGUAACAUUUGGAGAGGUGUGCCGUCCUUGAUCAAAGCGUCAUGUUGAAACAAUGCGUGAAGUUCAUGGUUAGCUCUGAUGACUCCUGGCUCUAAUGAAGCAGAAGCAGCAUGAGGCAGCACAGACCCUGCCAUUUGCAGGUGUUGUUUAAUAAAAGCCUCUUGUAAAGCUGGCAUGACCGGACCUGGUGUCAGUCUGAACUGAAUAGACAGGAUUAUAUGUUAAAGUCACACAGAUAACCUGGGUUUAUCCCCUGCUGUGAAAUAUAUACUGUAAUUAUUGUUUGUUCUAAUCAAACUAAAGUCCUUAUUUUGAUACAGUUGCUAUUUUAAUGUUAUGUUGAUCAAAAGAAUAAAAUUAGGAUGAGAAUGUUUAGGAUCAAUCUAAAGGGGGCCUUUUUUUGCAGAAAAGAGUAGAAAAAUGUCGGUAAUAAAGGUUUAGAAGCUCAGACAUGCCAAAGACUAAAACUCACAGUAGAUCACACGUUUUAACCCCACAGUGCGAAUCUGAGGAACAACUACUACAACAACAACAAAAAAUCUUGUUUAAAAAAAAAAAAAUAUUUGGAGGCUUUAAAAUAAAAGGAUGCUACUUCUGCUUCUAUAACAUGUUCAUUCAUAAAACAAGGGUUUUGUAAAUUUGUCACAAUUGCUUUAAGGUUCCAGCUGCUUGUAUUUUUAUUUUACUCUGCAUCACAGUUUCUAUUUUCAGUUGAAACUCUUGGCUUUCCCCCACACUGUUGCCACUUUAAUGCUCAUUCUCAUGUUCAGGUGCAUCAAAUCGAACAUCUGUUUGACUAACCUGCUUCAGAUAGUUAACCAGGACUUAAUUAGGAGUUACUUGAACCUUGUAUAUUCUGUUAAUAGGAACAAUAUGCUGGCAUGACGUCCUCACUUAUGAACAUCAAUUUUCUGUUUACCAAAAAACUUCACAUUCCAUAAAAAAACAUAUUUUUACUGUUUUGUUUUCUCUGUAUUUUUUUUAUUUUUUAUCCGAGCACUUUUUUCACCUCGACAUCCGUUAUUUCCUCCUAACAUUACGUUUUUACAUUCCUUUGUUCUCCAAGUCGUCUGUUGUUCUUUUUUUUUUUCCUCUUUUGCUCGGGCCUGUUGGUUGUUCCUGGAUGCUAACAUGCUUAUCAACUGUAAAAUACCAUCUCAAAAAAAAAAGUAUGCACACAGAUACAUUUGUGUAUCACAUAACCAUUUUUUUUUUGUACCUGAACUCAACACCCAGAUGUCAACACAAGGAAUGUGUAUUAUAAUAUAAAGAAAACAGGUUAAAAAGCACUGCUGAAUAUAAAAUAUCCUCAACAAUAAAUGUUUAUAUAUA